AUGCCUCAACCAACCCACGGCAUUUCUACAACGGCCACCAUUGCCCUCAUCCUCAUCCUAUUCAUCGCCCUGUUCCCAGACCUCUUCCACCUCGUCUGGACCCUGCCCUUUAGCCUCCUCCGCUUCUCCUAUCCGAGCCCGCCCCAGCCAGACUGCCCGCCCACGCCCAUCCAGCAGCCGGCAGCUACCAUGAGCUGGUUCCAGAAGCAGUUCACGCUCCCGGCAAAGGCCCGCGGCUCGUACUUGAUCACCGACCAGGUCGUCACGGCCAUGCCCGAGAUCCGCGGCUACAAGGUUGGCCUGUUGAACCUCUUUGUGCAGCAUACGAGCUGUGCCCUGAGCUUGAAUGAAAACUGGGAUUCGGACGUCAGAGAAGACAUGAGCGAUGCGCUGGAUCGCAUCGCCCCGGCCGAAGGUCCCAAGGGCGAGGCUCUCUAUCGUCACGACGCCGAGGGACCCGAUGACAUGCCGGCCCAUAUCAAGUCUGCCUUGAUCGGCGCCAGCGUCACGAUCCCAAUCAAAGAUGGAAAGCUGGCUACAGGGACGUGGCAGGGCAUCUGGUACCUCGAGUUCCGGGCAAGCAAGCAUCAACGACGCAUCAUGGCCACCAUCCAGGGCGAAAAGGCAUGA